AUGGAGCAAAAAAUAUAUAAAGUUUAAUUGAAAAGUCGACAUAUAUUUUUUUGAACAUAUAUAUUAUUACCAGUACUAAUACAGAAGAGAUUAUUUGUCAGGUGGUUUUAAUGUGAGAGCUCGAUAACAAAUGUUAUCGCACAAGGACAAGGAGUUUGCGCUAUAAAGGAUUUUAAAGUAUGGCGGAUAGUGAUGCAUUUGUAAAACGAUUUUUACUCAUAUUUAUUUUACUACUAACGAUAAAUUUAAUAAACUCACGACAUAUUAUUACUAAAAGAAAUUAUAGCGACCAAAGUGUACGAGGAUAUUUAGCAGAAAGAACUUGUUGGUGGAAUGAAGUAUGCAAAGAAGAAUUUCACAGCAAAUUUCGUUGCCGCUGUCCUAGAUAUUCUUACUGCCGUGCACCAGGAAAAUAUUAUGACGCUCGAUGCAGUAUAACACUCACUGGCUAUAUAUGGACACAACCGGAAAUGUCGAUAGCAACAGAAGCUGAUAAAUAAAACGCGAAAAAAAAAAUUAUUUCGUAUGAAUCUUUCGAUAAUCAAAACAAUAAUCACAUAAUUUAAUUGUAUUAAU